AGUCAGCCUCGUUUAGACAGCACGCCGCGGUCUGAACCGGAACCUAAACACUCCCUCCUGCUGAAUCCGUUCCUAUAACGGGCUGAAUAUGGCUGCCACGGGAGCCGGGUCUCCUGGCCGGUUGGUGCAGUAUGUAGUCGUCCGGUCGGAUCUGGUUCACAAGCUGUCCUGGCCUCUGGGAGCCGUCAUCACGCAGGCCUGUCACGCAGCCACCGCCGCCAUCCACCUCCACUACGCGGACGCGGACACGCAGCGGUACCUGUCCGAGCUGGACUCCAUGCACAAGGUGGUGCUCGGGGCUCCAGACGAAGUCGCCCUCUCCACUCUGUCAGACACUCUAACACAGGCUGGCGUGGCUCACAAACUCUGGAUCGAACAACCGGAGAACGUCCCCACCUGCUUGGCUCUGAAGCCGUGUCCGAAAGAGACUGUCCAGCCGCUGCUGCGCAAGUUCAAACUCUUCAAAUGAGCCGCCCCCCCUGAAAGACGUCGUCCGUCUGUGAACUGCAGUGCAUGUCAGCAGUGAGGAAGCCACAGAGACUUUAGUUUAAAAAGAUUCAAAUCAGAGAAUCUGAAUUCUUUCCUGGAUUCAAACCCCACAAAGUUUGAAGAUUAUGAUAUUUUCUGCUCAUACACUGAGGUACAAAAUUGGUAGUAACAUGGAUGGACGCCAUGGAUGGCACCAGAUACUGAUAUUAAAGUUCAUAACGGUUUGACUUGUAGUCACAAAAGAGUUCUUGUCACUCUCGUGUGAACUCGCCUCAUCUUUAUUCUUUAUUUGUCGUUAUCUUCCACAAAAGCGGUCGCUAGUCUUGCUGUGGUCCAAACAAACAACAACAACAAUAAGAAGACAACAAUUUAAAAUCACACCGUGUCAUUAAGGACAAAAAUCUGCAAUAAAAGCCAAAUUGAAAUAUGUGAAAUGAUCAAUGAAACAAUAAGAAACAGGUAACUAUAAUACAUAUGAGAACAAAGAGUCACACAGCGUCAGAAAAUCCAAAUCAAAUCUGUUCUUGAUCUGUCUGUUGGUUGUUCUCAUCAUAUAAUUUGUUCAUGGUACCAGAUGAACUCACUCACAAACACUGCAUCUGGUUUUUAUGCCAGCUGUGCGCUGCCGUGAAGUCAAUAUACAACAUGACCAAUAGAGGGCGCAAAAAUAAUAAAUACAGUCAUUCAUGUCACAGAGAGGUUUAUCCACAAUAAGACAUGAUGAGAAAAUAUCAAAUCAUGA